UCGCCAGAUGUUUUUCGCCGACGUACAGAACGACACGAUCAAGUGGUUGUUGAAGCAGGUGAAGAAAAGAUGGAAGGCGGAGGAGACUCUGCAUCAGCUCCAGUCAUUGAGUCAGUAUCACACACAAAAGAUGACCCACAAGGAAUCCUAACACAAGAACAAGGUGAUAGAGAAACGAAGAAGGAAGAAAGAGAGAACGUCAGUCUUAGAGGAACAGGGGAAUCUUUGAAAGAUGCAAAUGGUGACAAGAAGGUUGAAGAUGGUGUAGAGCAUCAGGAAGAUUCUUCCCUAGGAGACAGUAACCAUGGUAACACCAAUGGAAUGAAACUGAUAUCUUCAAAAUGCACUGACCUUGUACAGCAGGAAGACGGUUUAAAUCACAAGAUAAUUUCCAGUGAUAACUCUGGUCCAGCUGAAUCCACAGUUGAAGACAAUGUUGAAGAACCUCUUGACAUAGUAGUGCAGUCAGGUACAACCUGUGGAGGUGAUUUCAUUUCUGAUAAUGCAAUCCUUGGCCCUGAUAAUAUUAGAACUACAAACAUCCCAUGUGAUGAAAACCAACCAAGUCAACAAUUAAGACCUCAGGAAGAGGUUCAGAUGUUGGAACCACUUUCACUUGACUCAGCUGAGGGGACUGCUACAGGUUCAGUCAAUGCACAUGACAACAAAUCUGCGUCAAGCACAAAAGCCUCAUCAAAUUCUAGUAUGUCUAAAAUUGCAGAUUAUAAUUCUCCUGAAGCUUUGUUAUUGUCAAUAUCACAAGAUGUCAGUGAAAAGUUUCAGAGGAAUCAAACUGUCAAAAAGACCAGUGAAUCACAUUCAAGGCCUCUUAACACUGGAGAUUCAGCCAGUUUAGGAAAGACAUCUCAACUUGUACUACAUUCAAAUGCUGAAAUACGGGAUAGUAUACAAACAGGAAAUAAAAAUGAGGCUAGAAAGACUGAAGUGGCGAAUUCAACUUGUGUUGUUCAAAAGGACUCCAGAACUGAAUCUUCAUCCAUACAAUUAGCCAAGACAUCUCUGGAGCAGGAUGAUGAUUUGCUGUCAGAGUUGGAUGCUGAACUGGAUGAAUUCUUUCUACCACAAAAAUUGGAUGAAGGUGAUCCUAUGAAUGGUGUGUUGAGGAGAGGGGUAAUUCUGGAAGACCUCCCUGAGGUUAAAUUAAUGAAAGUACAGUCUGACGAAUUACACAGAAAGGUUGAUAGCCUAAAUGGAGAAAUUAAAAGGAUGCAGGAGCACUUGUCCAAUCAACAGCAGCAAAUAUCUGAUCUGGAGCAAGAGAAGGAGUCGCUACAAUUGAAUGUAAAACAAGCAGAAUCAGUUCAAACUGUGCAUCUCUUGAGAAUAAAAGAACUCGAGUUACUUAUUGACCAACAAAAGAUAGAAUUAGCUGCAAGUAAAGAAAGACAGCUUUCCCACGAUGCUGCUGCCAAGAAAGCCAUCACUCAGCUCCAACAGGAAAUGAUACUCAGGGUUGAUCAGGUGAAAUCCAUGUAUGAAGAAGCAAUCAAAGAGAAGGAAGCUGUUGUCAUCAAGUAUGCCAAGAGUGAAAAAGAAGUCUUGGAUCAGAAGAAACAACGGGAAAUACUGGAGAAAAGUUUCAAAGAGCUGAACUUGUCAGUGGAGUCACUUAAGACACAGCUUCAUGAUAUCAAGAAAGAACGCUCCAAGUUAAAGAAUACAGCAACAUCAAAGGAAACAGAAGCUUCGUAUCUACAGAAGGAAGUCGAUCAGCUGAAGGAGGAGAUUAGCUCCCAAGGAAUCAAAGUUAAAUGGGCCCAAAAUAAAUUGAAGACAGAACUGGAUGCGCACAAGGAAACUAAAGUGAAACUUGCAAAGGUGGAACAGAGACUUAAGGAGGCAAAAGAGGAAACGGAGCAAAUUAGAAAAAACUGUCAGGAGAUGAUUAAGACAUACCAGACAUCUGAAGAAGUGAAGUCCAACAGCCUUGACCGACAGCUCAGGGAGAAACACAGUGAGCUGGAGGAGAAAUUACAAGAACAGAAAGAACACUUAGAAGUUCAUCAGGCUAGACUCCGAGAGCUUGAAUCACUCAAGAAGAAUCUUGCUGAUAAUGUGGCUGAACUUGAUUCUCUCAAAGUCAAGAACAAGUGUUUGGAAAGUGAAAGACAUCAAAAUGAGGAGCUACUUGCCAAAUUCAAGGAACUUCUGAACUCACAAAAGGAAGAAAAUCGGCGACUUAACAAACAGCUGGAAGAGAAGAAAUCGUUAACACAAGAACUUGAAAACUUGAAAGAGACUGAAAAACAACUAAGGUCAGAGGUUUCUGGACAAAAGAGUGAUCAAUCAGACCUAGAGAUGGAACUGCAAGCAACCAGACAGAAAGAGAGCGAACUUUUACAGUUUACAGAGAAAAUAACCAGCAAAAACACAUCCUUGAGCUCUGACAAUGCUGCACUGCAGUUAAAGGCAAGCCAACUAGAAUCUGCUGUUCAAAAACUUGAGAGAGACCUUGAUGAGCUACAAACAAGCUACAGUCAGUUGAGCACUGAGUUGAAGCAGGAGUGUCAGUUGCGGGAACGUGAGUCAUCUCUUCUAACAAGUAAACUCACUGAGAAAAGCCGUGCAGUAGAGCAGCUUUCUAUCCAACUAGAUGAAGCUAGGGAUGAUAACAAGACACUCAAAAGGAAACAUGCUGCUAAUACAAAGGAUUUAACAAGACAGUUACAGCAAGCACACAAACGUUUAGAAUCUCUUGAUUCAUCUGAGAAUCCAUCUCGUGAUAACAUCAGUGUUGGUUCCCGUACAAGUAGUUCUGGAUCAUUAGAUACACUACCAGGCUCUGCUCCUAGUGUUGUCAAUUCAAGUGGGUCAUCAGUUUCAGUUAGUACGCCAGCAUCCCUCAAACCAGAGGAACAUACUGCCACUCAUGAUCCUACAGUUGCAAUUGCUACUGGCAAUGAUUACCCUGGUGUUGACAAAGGAAUGUUAGUUGACCGUAUUGUACGACUACAGAAAGCUCACCAACGGAAGAAUGAAAAGAUGGAAUUUAUGCAAGAACACAUAACCCACCUGGUAGAAGAACUCAAGAAGAAAUCCAAGAUUAUCCAGCAGUAUAUAAUGAGAGAUGAAGCAGGUGCUUUGGUGCCAGUAUCCAGUGAUGUCAAUAAGCCUUCAUCAGGCUUACGAAGCACUAUGGCCCAGAUCUCCAAGCAAGGUGGCAUUAUGUCUUCUCUCUACCGCUCACAGUCCACUGACCCAACAAUGACCCUUGACCUUUCACUGGAGAUCAAUCGUAAACUGCAAGCAGUGCUUGAGGAUACUCUGUUGAAGAACAUUACUUUAAAGGAAAAUAUAGAAACCCUUGGUCAGGAAAUUGCUAGGCUUCUCAAGGAGCAACAAAAACAUCAAUCUGGUCCGAGAUGAGUGAUUGGACAUUCUUAGAAAAGGAAUAUUCUACCUCUUUAAAUGAGGUCAACAGGUCAUCAAAUAGCCUUAAAAAUAGCCUUUUUAUGUCAUCUUCAAUCUUGAUUCAUUGUACAUGUAUAUGACAAAGAACAGAUGUCUGAGAUGGUACCCUAAAGUUUCAGAAGAAAUAAGCCAAAUAUCAAUGUCUUCACUGGACUCAGAGUAAGAGUAUCAAAUCAGUGACAGGUGUUUCCAGACCUAAACCUCCAUAGUCUACACAGGCAUCAUCAAAUUGAACUACAGGCUUAAAGAAAGAGAAUCAUCCUAGCUAACUGCACAUAGAUCAGCUACCAAAGUCUACCUCCUACGAGCGUCAGUCAAGGUUUCAGUUAGGUAAGACACAAUCUAGAAGGAAUAUAAUGGAACUCCAAAAGCUGUUUAAGGUUGACUCCUAGGGCAUCAACAGUACCGGUAACAAAUGAUACCUUUGAAACUUUCCUAAUGUGAUCAGUAGUGGUCCUUGUAACCUAAUAAUGAUGUACACUUAUGAGAGGAUCCUCUCUGAAUAUUUGGCUGUAUACAUCUUAAUGUUUCUUUUUUUUUCACUUUGAGAAUGCCCCUGUAUUCAAUAACUUUUCCUGCCUACUUACAGCCUGUAAAGUGAUGCUGAGAUUCGGUAGGGUUAUGUAAUGUUUAGUUUUGUUCAUUCUAAACAUGGAGCUAUAAAGUAUGCUCUAAGCAUGUGCUUCUUGGUUUCAGAAUGAGGAGCAGCUUAUGAAUUGCACAAAAUGCGCCAGGAUUCGUUAUAAAUAUUUUACCUGUAUUAUUGAUUCUCUGCUGGACCUGUAUAUUUGAAAAGCUUUCAUAAGUGGCAAUGAAUUAAAAAAAUUCCAAAACAUAGAUAUGUAUAAUUUUUGUAUGUAUUUGUAUAAUUAGAGGAAUGCAUGUACAUGUAUAGUGACUCGUUAAAGGGGAAAAUAUUCAGAAAUUUAGAAGAUGCCGAAAUUUAAGCAUAGGGAAGACUGCGAAGGUCGUGGAUUGAAACCUGCGGUAAUGAAACAGUUAAUAUCAUGUUUCAUACAACAUCAUGUACAGUGUGCUUUAAAGCACACGUAAAAUUGAAUGCGAUCAGGUGUCAUGUUGUCCAACUAAAGAUGCAUCAGAGUUACACUUCUCAUGAGAAAUCGCAGGUGCGGAUUCAUCAUUAGGUUCACUUCCCUUUUGAUGUAAGAAGUUUCGUUCGUAUAUGUACCAAUAAACGUACAAAAUGACUACAUGGCCAGAGAUAUUGGCUUGGAGACUUCGAUUUAUUUGGACGUUGGUUUGGUCUAAAUGAAAAUCUGGGCCAAAAUCUAGAUGAAAAUCUGAUGCGUGUAAUUGGCAUCAGUGGAAUAGAUACAGGUGAAAAAUAUAAAAGGAACACAUGUAUUAGCAAGGAUCAGAAAACAGUUUAAGUAUAUGUAUUGUAAUUUGAUCAUAUGGAAAACGGUGAUACUUUCCAAAAAGUCAUAUGACGUUUGCUGUUGGCCUUAAAACGUAACACAUAUUAGAUUCAAUUCAUUUUUCAUAGUUUUGCUUCGACUAGAUAAUACUGAACACCAAAAUCACCUUGGUUUUAUCAUUUUAAUAACUUGAUUGGAGAACUAUGUAGUGCAACUUGAUCAGACGCAUUCACGUUGGACUAGUUCCCUAAUCAAGUUACAAAGUCUGCCAAGAUAUUGCGCUGUAUAAAAAUAAAAUAAUAUUACAGUACUUGCACUAGCCAUACAUGUAAAAAAAAAAGGGAGAGAUCAUCAUCAAUUGCAUGGAUGCAAAUUGUUACAGUGUUCACUUUCUCCCUUCGCCCUGAUGGAUUCAAUGGCGUGUAUAAAAUGGUGAUAGUUUUAUUCAAGUGAAACAUCCUUUGUGUAUUUUAUGAAACUUAAGUCACUCGUUAUUAGAAGUGCAAUCGUGAUAAUUGUACUCAUUAUCAGUCAAAGACAGCUUUUUUUCUGGUUCGGUGUAUUCAUCAGUAUGAAACUUUCCAGGAGAAAAUAGUUUGUUCGUUUGAGGAAGCCAGUAGCGUUUACUGUGUCUUCCAUGCAAUUUGUUCCUGGCAGCAUCAAGGAUGUACCUUUUGUAAUGUUUGGAUUUUUGUCCACAGAGUCUUGCACCCAGCAUCCUGUUAUUACUGAAUCUCGUUUUAUGUACGUUUAUUGCAAUGGCUAACCCUUUUAACUAAAUUUUGAAACGACAAAUACAUUUUAUGACUUCUUAUUCACUGAUUAGUGGGUAAACGCACUUGUCAAUUUCGUGGAUAUCUAUUUGAAUUGUGGAAGAUUGCAAAAUCAAACAUCACUUUUUUAUCUUUCAUUUAAAAAUUCUAUUUCCAAAUUCAUAAUUACCAUGGACAGCUAGCAGACGUUUUUAUCGGUUUAUUGUUUUCAAGCUCACAAAGUAUGAAAUAACUGUACGAACUGUUUUGCGGAUUGAUUUAGUUACCUAACAAAGUUGUUAUCCCACAGUCCAAAAUUAUGCCUUAUACUUUUUGCAUCGUUUGUGUUGCCAUAAACCAUUUCAGUAUUUGUGGUUUGUAGCCGUUUACAUCGUAUUCACAACAAAACCCGAGUACAUGACAGUGUCAAAGACAUUAAAUUCUGAGGGAAAAUCUGUAAUGUAACAAC